AUGUCUGAUUCUGCAGUUGCAACUUCCGCGUCUCCAGUGGCUGCUCCACCAGUACCAGCUGAGAAGAAGGUGGCCGCCAAAAAGGCAUCUGGAUCCGCUGCGGCUACUGCAAAGGCGAAGAAGCCCGCUGCGCCACCAACGCAUCCCCCAACUCAGCAAAUGGUUGACGCUUCGAUUAAGAGCUUGAAGGAACGUGGGGGCUCAUCGCUCCUGGCAAUUAAGAAAUAUAUUACUGCCGAAUACAAAUGCGAUGCCCAGAAACUAGCUCCAUUUAUCAAGAAGUACUUGAAGUCAGCCGUUGCCAACGGAAAGCUGAUCCAAACAAAGGGCAAAGGUGCCUCUG